UCCCCCGCCAUGGCGGCGCGGGGCCGCUGCCCCGAGUGCGGCUCGGGGUCGCUGGUGGAGGACGCGCACUACGCGCAGCAGCAGCUGGUCUGCGCCGCCUGCGGCUGCGUCCUGUCCGAGGGGCUGCUCACCACCACCUACAGCGACGAGGAGCAUCUGCGGGAGGUCGCCUAUUCCCAGAGCACUGGCCAGAAGGAGCAGCUGAGCCGCUGCCUGCAGCGAGGCAUCCGGCGGCUGCAGGACCUGUGCAAGGUGCUGCAGCUCCCGGCGGCGUUCGAGGAGACGGCCGUGUCCUACUUGCAGCGGGCUCUGCAGCUGCCCGCCUUCCGCCUGGCCAGCCUGGAGAAGAAGGAGCUGCUGGGGGGCUGCUGCGUGUUCGUGACGUGCCGCCAGCGCGGCUGGCCCCUGACCAUGGGCACCGUCUGCUCCCUGCUCUACGCCAGGCACGACCUGUUUGCCGGCGUCUACCUGAGCCUGCAGAAGGAGCUGGGGCUCUCGGUGCCCGCCCUGAGCCUGGCAGACCUGGUGACAACGCACCUCAACAGCUUCCGGCUGCUCCAGCCCACGGCCAACGUCCCUGCAGCGUUCCUGGAGGACAAGGAGCAGCUGCUGGCCCGGACCAUGGCCAUUGUGGAGCUGGCCAGCCAGACCCAGACGUGGCUGGUGACGGGCCGGCACCCCGUGCCCAUCGUCACGGCCGCCGCCUUCCUGGCCUGGCAGUCGCUGCGGCCCGGCCCGCGCCUCUCCUGCCCCUUGGCGCGGUUCUGCCGCCUGGCAGGGGUGGAUCUGCCCCCCCCAGCCCACCUCAGGCUGAAGGAGCUGCUGGAGAUCCUGCUGGGAAUGGCCUCCCAGCUCUCCUGGCUGCGCGGCUUCGCCUUGGACAGGAAGGCGGUGGUGAAGCACAUCGGGGACCUGCUGCAGCACCGCGUGCUCCUGCUGAAAAACGCCUUCAGCCAGCUCGGGGAGGAGCAGCAGGACACGGCCCCGGGUAAGGGCUCUCCCAGCUCUCCUCCAGGAGCACAGCAGCAGGGCCGUCCCUGGGCAGGGCCAGGCCGUUGUGGGGGCACCCUGAGGCCCCUGCUGCCCCCCUGCCUCCUCCACCCCAGGAAGAGGCUGCGCUCAGCAGCUCCGAGCGCCGCGGCCGCGGCCGCCACGGGCGACGAGCCCAUCUCGGACAGCGAGAUCGAGCAGUACCUGCGCAGCCCCGAGGAGAUCCGCGCCCUCAGCAAGGCCAGGGCCUGCCUGUGAGCGUGACAGGGACACUUUUGGGACCAAAAGCAUGAAGGCCACCAAGGACGGUGGUUGUGCUGCAGAGACAGUCACCCAGAGAAUGAUGUUGUGGGGAGGGAGAACCCUCCUUAAUGUGCUGGACCAAAAUGGGGCUUUUUAUGGAGGGACUGCUUCAGGUCCCGGUACAUUUCUGUUACAAAUAAAUAAAAGUGCAGGUGCCAGGUUUUCCAGGGCAGCCUCACCUUGGACUUCUCAUUCUUCAGCAGAGGGUCAAAAAACUGCAGGCCAGGUUGUAUUUGAAC